AAACAACGCAUAGGGGGAUGCAAAAACGAAAAUGUUAUGUCGCGCUAUUCCUCCACUGUCACUCGGAGUGUGUGAUUUUUGUGGCGACCUAUUGAUCAUGUAUGAAGCAUUUACACCCCGGUAAGGACACGGACAGGGGCAGGGACAGGCUGAGAACCGGUAAGACCUCCGCAGAGUUUGAGGAGAGGAGACCGGAGCUGCUGCUAUCGGUAGCUACAGACCGACAUGGCAGUUUCCUGCAUUAUUUGAUUUCCCCUACAGGAUGAAAUGCCCCCGCGACCAUGGCUUAAAAACAUCAUCUUGACGUUAGAUUUAGCUAUGUUAGCCAUCAGGUCGUCGGAGGAGGAGUCCACUGAGAUGGAGGAGAUGGACACCUCGGAGCCAAACUGGUGCUGGUUCUACCUGGCCGAGUGUGGAGUGUGGCACAUGUUUGAGAUCGAUCCCAGUGCUGCCUGCUCCGUGACGAGCGCUCAGAUUGAGCAGUGCUACAACAGAAACCAGCGAGGCGUCAUGGAGUUCUACACAGCCAAGUACACAUACAGACUGGACUUCUCAGUUAUGCGGCAGAUAAACGUAACGACAGGGAAGCAGCGGCCGAUCAAACGCUCCCUCCACUCUGCGACUGGCUUCAGAAACACAAGGUUCAUUUGUGAUAAUCUUGCCUUGCCUGUUCCGUGUCACUGGGAGAGAAUCAAUACAGAUGAGCCCUAUCAGCUCAUCCAGCUCGGAAGAGACACGUACGAGUUUAAAGAAGUCGCCAGACUGUACGAAAGGACGAUGGAUCAUCCGAUCAAAUCCAUCCAGAGGAUUCAGAACCUGGACUUGUGGGAAUUCUUCUGCAGGAAGAAAACACAGUUGCGAAAAGUCAAGCGCACAUUGGAUAUUGAGGAACGAAUGCUGUUUCAUGGCACAGGACACAGCAACAUACAAGCUAUAUGUACAUUUAACUUUGACUGGCGGCUGACAGGAAGCCAUGGUGAUGUCUAUGGCAAAGGGAGCUACUUUGCCCGGGAUGCCAAAUAUUCCAGUAAUUUCUGUCACACCACAGGGAAGCACAACACCACCCUGCAGAGACACGGACUCGCCCCGCCAAUAUUCGCUAGCGAGCCGCCCUACAAGUCCAUGUUCCUGGCCAGAGUGCUUGUCGGAGAAUACACAGUCGGCCAUUCCAUGUACUGCAGACCGCCCUCCAAGGAUGCCAGCUUCACCAACUUUUAUGACAGUUGUGUGGACGAUCUGGCCAAUCCAAAGAUUUAUGUCAUUUUUGACAGCAAUCAGAUUUACCCAGAGUAUCUGAUUGAGUUCUACUGAAACCUGAAACAAGAAGAUUGAUUUUUUUUUUUGAUUGAUUGAUUAGAUUUUUUUUUUUUUUAUAGAGGCUGGAUCUCAAAUGUGGAAAUAUUUUGGAUACAGAAUCAAAUGACAGAAUGAAACGGAGGAAGCAUAUGGGACGUUUUUGCUUUUUCUUUCAGUCAGAUCCAGUGUCGAACUGGAUUAAACUAAAGUGCCUUUGUGGGAAUUGGAAAAUGAAGAAGACAGUAAAGACUUCAUGUAUACUGUACAGUAUAUUCAAAGACUGGCCUUUACGUUUGGAACGUCUCUGUGAUGUAAAAAAAAAAAGAAAUCCUGACUAAAGAUCAGUCUGUGUGGCAUUUUUUUUAUUAAAUGCAGACCCUGUGCUUGCUUGUUAAAUAUCCGUGCACAGCUGUUUAAAAAUAAAGAGUGGCACUCGCAGCCUGUAGGUCAUAGGUGAUGUGCUGCCAUUUGGCCACAGUGCCAUCCCUUCACAUCCACAGUGCCACGCAUGAGCUUAUUUACAAGUCAUGUCAACAUAACUUCCGAACGACAAAAAAACCAAAAACCACAACAGGUUCUUGCUCACUCAUUUAGCGACAUCAGCAUCUGUGUAUACCUAGUACAAUGUAUUAUGUAGGCAUGGAUUUUAAUUUUGUUUUUAUUCUAAAAACAAAACAAAAAAACGCUUCUACCUCUACAUUUUUUUUUUUAAACCAUGCAUCAGUGCACUUUACUCCCUUUCCAUGAAAGGUUUUGUAAUUGUGUCACAAUGACAUGAAGUUGUGAUGUCGUGUUCACUCGUGGUCCUCGAGCAAUAUGUUUCUGUGUACGUUUUCGAUCAGUUUGUGCAUCACAUUUGACUUAAAAAAUCAUCCCAGUGUGACCUGCUAACAUAUUUCUCUAAAGGAAUAAACAGGUUAUCUUUGCACUUGGUGUAAAUUUAUGAAAAAUAUAUAUAUAAAAAAUUACAAAAAAAAGAAUGUAGCCAGCAAAUGUACAGUACUGUAAUGAACUAA